AUGAGAGUUUGUUCGAGUGAUGAAAUAGAAGUAUACGAAGAAAUAGGACGUGGUGGGUUUGGUGUAGUUUACCGGGGCAUAAUUAAAUCCAAUCAACAAGAAGUUGCCAUCAAACAAAUUGACCUUGAACAAGAUACAACCGAUUUGAUUGAAAUCAACAAAGAAAUACAAAUUCUUAGUGAAUGCAAAUCACCUCAAAUAACUUCGUAUUAUGGUUCAUUUGUUAAAAAUUAUAAACUAUGGGUGAUUAUGGAGUAUGUUGAUGGUGGAUCUAUCUUUGACUUGUUGACUCCCGGCACCAUUUCCGAUGAGACUACUAUUGCUUAUAUUGUUAAAGAAGUGUUGUUAGCUUUGAAAUACCUACAUAGCCAAGGCAAGAUCCAUCGAGAUUUGAAAAGUCAGAAUAUUUUGGUUAAUAAAAGAGGAGAGAUCAAGUUGACUGAUUUUGGCGUUAGUACACAGUUGAGUUCAAAUUUCUCCAAGAGAAAUACUACAGUGGGAACGCCAUAUUGGAUGGCACCAGAAGUUAUAUUGAAUUCUGAAUCAGGCCAUGGUUUUAAAGCUGAUAUUUGGUCAUUGGGGUGUUGCGCUUAUGAAAUGUUGACAGGUAAACCACCAUUACAAAACCAUAUUGCUCCAAUGAGAGCAUUGCGAUUAAUAUCACAAUGUCAAACCAAUGGCGAUUUCAUCAAACUUAUAGAAUUGGAACUGUUGGAUGCAUCAAACAAGUAUCGUGAUUUCCUAAGUGUCUGUUUUAUUGAAAAUACAAAAGCUAGAUACGAUGCUAGUAAAUUGUUGAAACAUGACUUUGUUAAUCGUAAAUUUGACAAUGGGUCCAAACUUAUUAAGAAGUUGAUUACGAGAAAGCAAUUGUGGAAUCAACAAAAUGCAAGUUUUAAACCUAGGUCAUUUUAUGUUGAAACUGAAUUGCAUCAUAAUCAAGCUAAAUGGAAUGACCAAGUUGAGGUGAAUAAUGAAACUCCUGAAAUGCAAUUUGAUAUUAGCUCAAUCAGUAAUAGCGAUCAAGAUAGUGAUACUUUGCGCAGUUCCCUACAGAAGGACAUCCAUGCUGAAAACAAGUCUCAGUUCAAUAAGAUACAUACGAAAGUUGUAAAUAAAGUGGAAUCUAAAUGUGGACUACGGGAAAAUCAAUUGAAAACGUUUGAUCAACUCAAAGAUGAAAUGAUUUCAUUAAUUAGUGAGAGUAAUGAUAAAAUCAUUUUAUUCCAGUACUUGAAGUAUCUAUACAAGGAACUAUCCAAAGAGAAGAAUAAAGCAUUGGGAAGAUCGAUCUUACCUUCCACGUCACGACGUGAAGAAGAACCCACCACACCGAGCACAGCAACAACGACAACGACAACGACAACGACAACGACCACAUUGAAAAGUCAAACUCAACUCAGCAAGUUUGAUGAGAUUGAGCAGAGCCUAAUGGAAUCUUGGCUAAAAAGAACAAAGUCAUAA